AAUUAAAGGAAUCAAGUUUAACUAACUAGACCGGUGUAAAUGUAAAUAUAUCCUCUGCAAAAUGUUGAGUUUAACAUUGAAAGAGGCAUUACAACAAGUGAAACAAGGCAAGAUAUCGGCCAAGGAACUGUGUGAGAAAUGUUUACAGAGAGCUGGUAAAGUGAAAGAACUGAAUGCUUUCAUUACAGACACUCCUGACGUGGCUAGAAAACAAUUGCAAUCUAUACAGAAUGUGUCUACAGAAUGGAAAGGUAUACCAGUUGCUGUGAAGGACAAUUUUUGUACUACAAACAUUAGGACAACGUGUGCGUCUCAUAUGUUAGAGAAUUAUAUACCACCUUAUAAUGCCACAGUAGUUCAACGCUUGUAUGAUCAUGGUGCAGUUCUUGUAGGAAAAACAAAUUUAGAUGAAUUUGCUAUGGGGUGUGGUUCUAUAGACAGUAUUUAUGGUCCAGUAAGAAAUCCUUGGAAUUAUUCAUUCUCACAAGUUGCUGAGAUUGAUCAAACUUCACCACAAAAUAUACAAGAUGACAGAUUGAGACAGGGAACCAGGGGUAUACAUACAUCUAGUGGACAGAGCCGGGCAACAAAUGUCAACGCUGAGAGUAGUCAGGAAUGUGAUUGGUUUAUAGCUGGAGGAAGUUCAGGUGGCAGUGCUGUUGCUGUGGCAACUGGGGCAUGUUUUGGAGCACUAGGUUCAGACACAGGAGGGUCAACUCGCAAUCCGGCCUCGUACUGUGGUGUGGUAGGUUUGAAGCCAACAUAUGGUCUAGUAUCUAGGUAUGGUCUUAUACCACUAGUCAAUUCUCUAGACGUACCAGGCAUUCUAGCAAAAACUGUAGAUGAUGCUACUAUCAUACUGAACAGUAUAGCUGGCCAUGACAGUCGUGAUUCUACAACAGUAACUGAUGAGUUUAAACCUACACCUCUAGAUGAUACUCCCUCUUUACAAGGUCUGCAUGUUGGAAUACCAAUGGAAUAUAAUGCCCCAGGGUUGAGUGAUGAGGUGAAGUCAACAUGGAGUGAUGUGACGGACAUGUUAGAGAAGGGCGGGGCACGUGUAACACAGGUGUCUAUGCCACAUACACAAUAUUCCAUCAACACAUACAGCAUACUGUGUGCAUGUGAGGUCGCCUCUAAUAUGGCAAGAUAUGAUGGCAUUGAAUUUGGUCAUAGAGCAGAUAAUGAUACCUCAACAGAAGCUUUAUAUGCUCAGAGCAGACAUGAAGGUUUCAAUGAUGUUGUCAGAGGAAGAAUAUUUGCUGGGAACUACUUUUUACUUCGGGAAAACUAUGAGAGAUAUUUCAAGAAGGCUUUACGGAUGAGGCGUUUGAUAAGUAAUGACUUUAUAAAUGUGUACAAAUCUGGUGUAGAUGUAUUGUUAACUCCGACCACCUUGACAGUGGCGCCCUCUUACAGCUGGUUCUCUAAAGCUGAUAAUAGAACACGUACAGCCGAACAAGAUGUGUGUACACAGCCGAUUAAUAUGGCAGGUGUGCCAGCAGUGUCAAUACCAGUGAGAGUAUCAGCCUCAGGCCUACCUGUUAGUCUUCAAAUUAUAGGACAAAAUUUCCAAGACCAUAAAAUGCUGACCGUAGCCAAGUGGAUAGAACAAAAUGUGAACUUUCAAAGACUGAAUCUAGAACAUUUAGAUCUGGAAACUUGAUUUGUUAUACGUUUAUUUACUAUUAAUGCAAUAUUCAAUGAUUUUGAUAAACAAUAAAAUUGUA